GUACAAGUACAAGUCUAGUCUUGUUUCAUAAAUCUAGUUUGCUUUUGAUAAAUUUAAAUUCAAACAAUUUUUCGUAUUGAAUGACUAUUGAAUUUCGAUUAAUAAAUGUUAAUAGCGACGAAAGAACUGUUUUAUUAAAAUGGUGGAUAUUAUAAUAAAUAAAUAUUUAGAAACACAAUUAGAAUUAGCUAAAAAAAAACAAGUUUCAAAAAUUGUCAACGAGGACCAAGUUUCUGAUAAAAGUAAAUCUGCUGCUGGUCGUAUAGCUAAGAAACAAGAUAAGCUUUCAAAAAUAUCCCAAAGUUCUGGUAAAUGUAAAGAUCAACGCCAGAAGUCUACAGAAUACGAGGAAGAUGAGGAAUAUAUUCCAUCAUCUGACGAUGAAAUUGAAGUGCGCUUGCCGAAUCUAGCUACGUCUUCUCGUUCCAAACAAAACGUUAAGAAGAUAAUAGAUGACGGUGACAUCAAUCUAUACAAUGAGAGAGUUGAAAAUUGGAGAAAAAGUUUAAGUGAAAUUGAAGCUGGGGUUUUGAACCCAUCAUAUAUGUCAGCAGACAUUCAAUAUAUUUUAGAUGCUAAAAAAAAUCCACAGGAAAAGCAUGAACUUCAAAAUGGACUAUGUAUACCCAUAUAUAUUUGGAAGCAAUUGUACAAGUAUCAAAGAAUUGGUGUUAAAUGGUUAUGGGAACUCCAUCAGACACAGUGUGGUGGAUUAUUAGGAGACGAGAUGGGGUUAGGUAAAACAGUCCAAAUAAUUUCGUUUCUGUCCGGAUUAGCAACUACAGAUAGCGGAACUUGGGGUGGACUAGGUCCUUCUAUCAUAGUUGCACCAGCAACAGUAAUAUUUCAGUGGGUAUCACAUUUCCAUUAUUGGAACCCUUCAUUAAGGGUAGCAGUUCUACAUCAAGCUGGCUCACAUGGUGGCACUCAUCAUAAGCUCAUUAGAGACUUACAUGAAUCACAUGGAAUAUUGAUGAUAACUUAUGCAGGGAUAGUUAAAUAUGCGAAAGAUCUUCAAACAAGAAAGUGGCACUACAUAAUUUUGGAUGAGGGACAUAAAAUAAGAAAUCCAGAUACUCAAGUUAGUAAACUUGUAAGAAAGUUUGAUACACCACAUAAAUUGUUGAUUACAGGGUCACCUAUGCAGAAUAGUUUGCAGGAACUAUGGUCUUUAUUUGACUUUAUGAGACCUGGUCUUUUAGGAACACAUACUGCAUUUAUGGAACAUUUUGCCAUCCCCAUCACACAAGGUGGUUAUGCAAAUGCCACAGAUAUACAAGAGGCUACUGCUUUAGAAAUUGCAAAGGCUUUAAAAGCAAUAAUAACCCCAUACAUGUUGAGGAGAACUAAAGCUGAGGUUCAAGAUUUCAUUCAUUUGCCAGAGAAGAAUGAACAAGUCCUGUUUUGUGCACUCAGUCAGGAGCAGAAAGAUUUAUAUAUGGGCUAUCUUAUGAGUGCAACAGUCCGUAGCAUUUUAGAUAAAGAAAGUAGGUUUGGGGAACCCCUGCGAGCAAGAAUUUUGGUUGCUCUGUCAACUUUAAGGAAGAUUUGUAAUCAUCCUGAUAUUUACUUAUAUGAAGCAUUUGAUGAGACAGAAGAAAUUGAUCAACAAUCUUUUGGUCAUUGGAAACGGUCUGGAAAGAUGUCAGUUGUUCAUUCCUUGCUUAAAAUUUGGCAGAAACAAGGGCAUAGAACACUUAUUUUUACCCAAUCAAGAGCUAUGUUGUGUAUUCUAGAACAGCACUUACAGAAUUUUGAAUUUAAAUAUUUAAGAAUGGAUGGUAGUGUCAGUGUCGGUCAGAGACAAAGUUUAAUUAAAACCUUUAAUGAAAAUCCUGAAUAUUUAGUUUUUCUUGCUACAACAAGAGUGGGUGGUCUAGGUGUGAAUUUGACUGGAGCUGAUAGAGUUAUAAUAUAUGAUCCAGAUUGGAAUCCAGCAACUGAUAAUCAAGCCAAAGAGAGAGCAUGGAGAAUAGGACAGCAAAGAGAUGUGACUGUGUAUAGACUUUUGACAGCUGGUACCAUUGAGGAAAAAAUUUAUCAAAGGCAGAUAUUUAAAAACUUUUUAAGUAAUAGAAUACUUGUGGAUCCUAAUCAAAAAAAUAUUCUUACAACCAGCACUUUACAAGGUCUCUUUACUUUAGACGAACUCAAUUGUGAAGGAGAUACAGAAACAGCAUCUCUUUUCAAACACACAAAGGUAAAUAUUAAUGAAAAGAUUAAGUCAAAAAUAAAAAAUGGUAACACAUUCACUAGAAAAAAGUUAUAUGCUAUGAAAAGGUUAGCAAAAGAAAUUAGUAAGAAAAUAUCAAAAUCAUGUGAAACUCAGGAAUCUUCCUCAGAAGAUCCCAGAGAAGCUUAUAAGAAGAAAAGAAAUAUGCUUAUAAAUCCACCCCAGGUUGAAGUACCAGAAACUAAAAAUACUUUAGAUGAUAAGGAAGUAAAUGUUCCAUUUGAAAAUGUCCUUUCAGAAUUAGACAUUGUAAAUCAGCAUGUGAAAAGAGAUUAUGAAGAAAAUUUAAUUAAUGAAGUGUUAAACAAUGAAAAGGUUGAACCUACUUCAGUUUCUAAUGAGACUAAAGACAUUGAAUUAAAUAAAGAAAAAAAGGUUUUUGAUGUUGAAGAUAAUGGAUCCACCAUUGCUAAUACAUCACGAAAGAGAAAACAUUCCGAAUGUGAAACAGAAAUAGAAAAUCUGAUAGCUAUUAAAAAAGUGAAGCAUAAAAAGAAGAAAAAAGAAUCAGAAAUAAAAAUGACUGAUGAUGAUUAUGUAUUAACAAAAUUAUUUGCUAAGGCUGGAGUUAAAAAUGCAUUACAACACGAUGUCGUUGUGGGAUUGGCAGAAAAAGAAAAAAGGCUUAGGAUGAAGGAGGAAGCUGUUUUAAAAGCUAAAAAAGCCGUAAAGGCCUUGAAAUUUUCGUCAUAAUCUUUUUAUAUUAUGUUAAGCUUACACUUUGUACUUUGUGAUACUUGAAUUUAAGUGAUUUUUCAAAUUAAUUAUCAGAAAUAAAUAUAAACUUAUUUUUGCAAAAUAAAUAUUUAUAACAGUUUUCUAUGAUAUUACUAUCUACUGUCAUUUGAUUUGUACUACUUCCGAAUUGCAUAAUACUAACUUAUUUUUGAGCUGAGAGUAUACAA